GUGAAGUGGUCGGGAUGCUGGGAGGCUGUGGGAUGCGUACAUACGAGUGUUUGCUUAGAGAAGUAGAAAAUCAUGAAAAAUGUUGCAUAUUUUUUUCUAACUUAUUAUGGGGACAGUAAUACACUGUAAUUGUAAUCAGUGACUAUAAACCGCCGUUAUGUGUUGUGAAGAUCAGUGAAGUUCAGCUUUUGCAAUGGCGGAAUUGUACUGUUCCUUUCGGUAUAAAAUAAAUUGUGCAGUUGUGCGAUAUUAAAAAGUGGUAUAUAAAAAGUAAAUGUUGUUAAGCUAAGAACGAUAAAGAUAGGGUUUUAACAACAUACCUUAAAAAUACUAUAUCAAAGGAAGGUCUAGUCGUAUUCAAAGGUUAAAUAAUAAAUGGAAAAUGCCUCAAAUACGAAAGACACAUCGGAAAGUAAAAAGGGUGGUAGAUAUCCAAAAAAGGCCACAAUAUCUGAGAAAUUAUCUUAAAUAUAAAUCAUAUGUACCCUUAUGUGAAAAAUUAAAGACUAAUAACAAUUCAUUAGCGAAAGCAUUGUCUAAAGAAAAACAAGAGACCAAGUUACUGUUUUCACAAAAUGUUGCUUUACUCGGAGAGAUACAAGAUUUAGGUUCAGCUUGUAAUAAACGAGAUAGUCUGAUAUUAAAUAUUUUAAAGGAUGCUAAAGAAAUGCUUAACACGUUAGUAACAAUGACGAUUUACUUGACUAAUACAAUCUCAACAUGUCAAGAAUUUACAGCAUCUGCAAAUACAAAUUUACGAAGAUCUUACAGUCCAGCUGGAAGAAGAGAUUCAUAUAGGAGAAUGUCGACAAAAUCACCAACCAAAGGAGUGGUAAAGCCUAUGGUGAGCGGGCACACCAUUACAAAACCUACCAUUAAUUUGAGUAGAGUAAAUAUGCAAGAUAUUAAUAACGCUUCAAACUUAAGUGUAAUACCAGAAGUAGUUACACCUCCAAGAAAUCAAGAGACGAACAGUCUGAGAUCUCCUGUAUCCAUUACCGUGAGACAGCGUAGAUACGCUAGUAAUGGACGUCCAUGUGGAAUGCCAGAGAGAGUGACUGUUAGUUCACCAAGAAGUAGUGGUGAAGAAAAUGAACGAAGGUUGAGUAAAAGAAGAAGCAGACAUUCUGGAAGAAUAUCAGGCAAGCGAUCAAGAUCGAAGUCAAAUAGACUUUCUGGAAAUAAUAGUACUCGCAGCAUCGGGAAUUUGGAAUAUGUGGGAAGCCCUACAGUAAAACUCAAUGACGUUUCAAAAUUUCUUCAAAAUUCCCAAAGUAUUAACAUUCGAUUGUUAACAGAAUCUAGAAACGAUGAUUGGACUAUCAAUGCAGAAAAUAGUGAUGAAAUGAAUCAAGAUGAUUCUCAAACUAGUGUUACAGUACCAGAAACACCCCCAUCUGACACAUCAGAAAAUUCUAACGAACAGACCGUCGAAAACAAUGAUGCACAAGUUGAUAAUGAAUCAGGUGCAAAAAAUGAACAAAAGAAAGAAAACUCUAAAACUUUGCAACAUUCUCCAACAAAUAUCGAUGAUCCUCUCGAAGGACCAAGUUGGUUAUUCAACAAUUUCCAAACUGUGCCUUGUAUUAUAAAUAACGAGAAGAAGACUGAUGAUAAUAUAAAUGUUUCUAUUGACAAUAGUACGUCUAGAUCUUCAAUAGUAGCAGAAACAAGCGAUGAUUCAGACGAUGAAAAGCCUAUGAAAGAAUCAAAGUCACGUUUAAGCGAACAAGAAAGUAAAUGGAAUAGUCUCUCCGAUUCUGUUGAACAAGGAAAUACUGAAAAUGAUAGCAUUAAUACUUUACAAAAUGUAAAUGACGAUUCCGUUUGUAAUACGUUCACUUUGUCUACACCAAAAGUUACUAAUCAGGAUGAAUAUAAACCUGAUAGUAAAUCGACUCCGAAUUUGGUUAAUUUUGUUACACAAAGGCGAGGUUACUCUCUAGAGGAAGAGGAAGAGGAGGAUGAUUUUACAUUGAUGUAUGUUCGGCAUCCGCGUGAUAUGCAGUUCGACAUGAACGAUUUAAAAUUUCCCGUUUUAGAAGAAUCCGCAUUGAAACCAGUAGUACCGGUCGAACCAGAACCAGAAAUAACGACUACGCUUCGAAAAAUAUCUCAAAUCUGUCCAUUGCCGUCUAUUUCAAACAGUAGUAUAGAUGAAACUGUGUUCAAUCAUUCCACGGUGAACUUGCCUUUACUAAUGAAUAAUGAUUACGAUAAUAAAGACUUAACUCCAUUCAAGGAAAAAUUAGAUUCCACAAAACGGGUGACAAGAGGAAAGACUGUAUCUUUGAGGGGUUCAGUCGAUCUCAACGAUGCUGCGACAUCGUUCAAAAAACUGAGUACCCAGACAAAUAAGAGGAGUAAAACUCCGAGUAAAGAUCCGAGUACCGCUAAAGUCGUGUUACAGAAGUUGAAUGAGUUCGAUGUUAAAUCGAGGACACCUUCUCCAGAGGAGAUGCACGAUUUCGACCAGUCAUUUAACCACCAAACAUCUUUACGUGGAGGAAAUUCGAGUGAUUCAGAAAGCAGUAACGCUAGUGCCAAUAGUAAUCACAAUUUAGGUCGACCACAACGGAAGCGAGCUCCGACAAAUUUCCAGGAACCGAGUUUGAGAUCAAAGUUACGAAGGAACUGAUAAUAAAAAUGUACGACAAUCGCUGCAAUUUGAAACAUGAAUAAUUUAAAGUAACAAACGUAUUUUUUUGGAGAUACUUUCGGAUUUCCAACCGGAGUAAUGUAAAUAGUUAUCAAUACGUAUGAAACAAGAAGUUUGUUGAAUUGAUUGAAUCGAAUAGAAUUUAUAAUAUUUUCAUCGGUCGGACAUUUCGUAUAAUACAUUCACAUUUGAAUCGUUCUGCUUCCAUUAUAUUGCGCACAUUUUUAUUAGACCAGCCACUGUUCAUGAUUUACAGAAGAUCGGCUUGUCUCGACGUAGUCGUAGCUUCGAUAAUUUGGCUUCCUCUCUGGUAGUAUUCUUGGUAUUGUACUUUUUUAUUGUACCCUUAUCUAAUGUUGCAAGAAAUAAAUAUAAAACAUUUAA